UUGCGUUAGAUGAGUUGCGCUGCGUAUCGCGAGGAAGUCGGACGGGUUCUUUUCUCGCCUCGAGCCGGUCGGUCCGGUGUAAAGUUGAUCCAAAAGUGCCGGCUAACACCUGCAACUGCAGUGAGACCGUGUUUCUGUGGCGGCGUACAGCAAAUUAGCUCAUCUGUUUGAAGUGGAAGUUAUACAGGCAAACAACAUCAGCAGGCGUGUCUGCUGUAAUUGGGAAGGGGAAAAUUCGCUACAGAGAACCAAGCCGGCAAAUACUUUCUUUAGAAAACGAGUAACGAGCGGCAUUGGUUUAGGGGAAAAGGGCACACACUUCUUUUCAAUCAAUACCAACAGACCGACCCCAUCUCUGGGCAGGAGGGUGCAAAGUGCUUUAAAACGAUACACAAUCAAAGAAAAAGUGUUGUGCAUAUCAGGCUCAAGAAAGUCAAGUCUCUCUGGCUCGGUGCCGCAACAAAGGAGGCUGGCAGUUUGAAAGCAAAGCAUAGCGCGCGCGUGUGUGUUAUGUUAGUGUGGUGUUAGUGUGAGUGUGAGUGAACGUACACGCAAAUGUGGUGAAGGUGAAGAAUUUGAAGAGCCGAAGGUGUUUUUUUUGCCAAAAAGUGCAUCAAAAUGCAGUUCGUCGAGCAGCAGCAGCAGCAGCAGUGCAUUGUUCGGCAGUUGAUAAGGCAACAGAGCCAGUGAAAGAGGGAGAGAGUAGGAGCGAAUGCAUUAAUUCGACGUGCGACCGAUGCAGUUUCGUUGAUUGCAUUGCCCAGAGUGUAGUGCACCGAAAGCGUGUGAGCGAGAAGUGAAAGAGAGAGAGAGAGAGAGAGUGAGCGAGAGAGAAAGCAGGAAGGAAUUGUUUUGCAGUCAGUGCAGCAGCAGCUUUUCGAUAUUUUAUUGAAACGGCUGCUUUUUUUUCUCUUCUUUUAUUUCGUGUGCAAUUUGGUUGGUAGUUUCUUGUGGCAAGAAGAAGAAAAAAAAUCCCCCCGAAAGAAAGGUGCAUUGUGCGCCGAGAUACAUAUCCCGGUGCAGAAAUGCAAUCAAAAGCAGCAGGAACAGUGAUUCGUAGCAGAAUGACGGGAUUGAAUUGGACGAUGAUGGUGCUGCCGGUGCUGGUGGUGCUGAUGCAGUUUGCGCUCGAUACGGUUCGGUGCGAGUUCCAGUUCACCGUGACACCCGAGAGCCGGCAGGUGUUCGAAGGUGAACCGGUCACAUUCGAGUGCCGGGCAAUGUUUGACGAUGAGAUCGAUUUUUCGUGGACCAGAAACGGUAUCCCCGUUCCGGCUAAACACGAGCGGCUAAGUUUCGCCACACCGCAACGCAUUUACCAGAGCGGUUCCAAUCUGCAUAUCCGUGCCGUCAACGGGACGCUCGAUCGGGGCGACUACGUGUGUUUGGCAACGGCGCGAGCAUCCGGAGCCCGGGUGGCAUCUCCCGCCGCUACGCUGGACGUUAUCGGAAUUUCCCCGCCAGUCGUGCAGCUGCUCAAGCACGAUCCGGACCGCGAUAGCAUUUCACUCAAAUGUCACUCCACGCUCGAACCGGCCACUGACAUCAUCGGCAACGAUGGUAAACCGGCCGAAGAAACUCACGUCGAAUGGUACAGGAACGAGGUGAAGCUUACGAAAUCACCGCACAUCGAUCUGCAACGCCGGAAGCUGCACAUAAAAAAUGCCUCGGCGAAGGAUAAUGGCGUCUACAGCUGCCUGCUGGUGGUCGUAUCCCGCACGGACGGUAGCCGCCGGAUCGCGCUACGUAGUUCGAAAAACUAUCGGCUCAAGCUGAAACCGGGAACCAAUUACGGCCAAAGCAAAAUCGAUUGCACCAAAAACCACAAUUUGCUGCUGUGCCGGGGCAAGCGAGGCGACCGGCAGCUGGGUGUGGCGGGCGACCGGCUAACCACCGAGCGUCCACCGAUGAGCGAUGAGGCACCGGCCCAGCUGCAGCUCGCCGGCGAAGGACAGUUCAGCGGCCCGGCCCCGGUCCGUAUCGUGGUGCAUCCGGUGACGACGGUGGUUAACGAGAGCCAGCCGGUCGUUUUCAACUGCGGCUUCCGGGUGACGGCGGCCAACGAGAGCGGCGGGUUUGUGCUGCGCUGGCGCAAGGACGGCAAGGUGAUACGCCGGUGGGACAAUCUGGCGGAAGCGACCACGGUGCCGACGGACGAUGCGAUGGUCGGUGCGACGGAGAGCAGCUCGAUGUUCCGGGACGAUGCUCGCAUUCACGUGGACCGCACGAACGGAUCGCUUGUGUUCGGUUCGGUGGUGGCCAGCGACGAAGGAACGUACGACUGUCAGAUAACGAACAAUGCCAGCGACUUUCUGGUCAGCUCGACGGCGGCGGAAUUGCAAAUCAUUUCCAACCUUCGCUUCACACCGAAACCACCGACGAGCAAAAACCUGGAGUUGGGAUCAAUCGCCAAAAUACACUGCAAAGCGCAGGGCACACCGGCCCCGACCGUCCACUGGACGACGGUGGAUGGCGAUGGUGGGCCAGCGCCGGCCCUGCCCGACUCGAUCGAGGACGUCAACGGUACGCUGGUGUUCCGCAACGUGUCGGCCGACCAUCGGGGCCAGUACGCGUGUGUCGCCGCGAACAGUCAGGGCGAAAUUCGGGCAAGCGUUGCGGUGAACGUGGUCAUUGCGCCGAAGUUUGAGAUCGCACCGGAGGGUGCGGUACAGGUGGCGGAGCUCGGUACGGUACAGUUUCACUGCGUGGCGACCGGCGACCCGAAGCCGACCAUCCAGUGGGACAAAGAUCUGCAGUAUCUGCAUGCAAAGGCCGGUGGCGCUAAUGGCAGCGAGGAGGAGCGCUAUCGAAUUCUGGAGAAUGGGACGCUGGUCCUUACCGAGGUCCAUCUGGAGGACGAUGGACGGUACGGGUGCACGAUUGGCAACAGUGCCGGACUGAAGCGGGAGGAGGUACAUCUAAUCGUCAAACCGUCCGACGGUAUGGUGAUGCCGGAAGAGUCGGCAGAGGAUGGCUUCCUGAUAACGCGUGCCGUGCUCAUCACCAUGUCGGUCGCCUUUGCGUACAUCAUACUGGUCGUCGGGCUGAUGAUAUGGUGCCGGCAUCGGCGGGCAGCACGCAAAGCCCGGCUCAAUCUGGGCUCCUCCAAGGAGAAUGGUGGCGAUGUCGAUCUGAAGAACUGCGAAAUUGAACCCUGCCUGCCGGACAAAACGUCCGCAGCGGAGAAUGGUGGCGUAGGGGUAAGUUCCGGCCGUUCCAAAAGCAAGCAGAAGAAUGGAUCGGCAGGAGGCAAAGACACGGUAGCAAAUGGCGUCGACAAUGGGCAGGACAAGAGCGAUGAUACGGUGAACUCGAGCAAAUCGAAGAAGUCGUCCGGUUCGGGAUCGCUGCUCGAGCAGCUCACGGUGCCACGGUCGGCCGUCGUCGAGAUGCUGCAGAUUGGCAAGUGUGACUUUGGCGAUGUGUACAUCGGUAAGAUACGGGAGAAUGACUGCCGAUUGCCACCGCCGAAGGAAAGUGUGACGCAGGAACCGAUCGCCGGUGAUGAGGUAGGUCCCAGCACCGAGCUGACGACGGAGAACGAGCGCAAGAGUCCCGUCAAGAAGGGCCCUUCCAAUGAGGAGCUGAAUGCGAUCCGACCCGAGAACGACUACAAGCCGGUGAUGGUGAAGGCACUGACGAAGGUAAAGGACGAACACUGCUGUGGCGAGUUCCGGCGUCAGCUGGAGCUGUUCCGCACCGUUUCCCAUCGCAACGUGGUACAGCUGUUCGGGUUGUGCCGGGAUAAGGAUCCACACUAUCUGCUGCUAGAGUACACCGAUUGGGGAGAUCUGAAGCAAUUCCUGCUAGCUACAUCUCCGAUCACACCGCCCAAUGGAACGGUCGACAGCAAGAAGGAUGCCACCACGAAACCACCGCCACUCAACGUGCCACAAAUUCUUGCCCUAGCGCACCAGAUCGGACGCGGCAUGGACGCUAUCUACAAGGCUCGCAUUAUUCACAAGGACCUGGCAACCAGAAACUGUAUCAUCAGCAGCGACUUUUCGGCCAAAAUCUCCAUGCCAGCACUGGGGCGCGACAAGUACAGCAAGGAGUACUGCAAGCACCGCAACCAGCUGAUGCCGAUCCGCUGGAUGGCACCGGAAUGCUUCCAGGAGGACGAUUACUCCAUCAAGAGCGACAUCUACUCGUUUGCCGUGCUCGUGUGGGAGCUGUUCACGAACGCGACCGAGCUGCCGUUCAAGGAGCAGACGGACGAGGAGAUCAUUACCGCUGCCCAGACGGGCAAGCUCGAGUGGAAGGUCGCAGAGAAGACGCCCGAAGCAUUGCACAAGAUACUGACUUCCUGCUGGUCGACCAGCCCGAAAGAGCGGCCAUCGUUCAGCCAGCUCGUCGUGGCCAUCGGUAACUGUCUGCAGAGUGAAUAUCCCAAGGAACCGACGGAAUAAGCAGACUGGAAGUAACAAACGGACCAGCGAUUGCUCUCUGUCUAUCUAUCGAAUCAUCAUCCAUAUACAACGAGGUAUUAUUCAAAUGCAUCUCUUUUUUGUAUUAUAUUACACAUACAUGAAUACCGUACACACACAUACACAUAUUAAUAAAAUCAUUAAGAAUUGUGUAAUGCAAAUGAAAGCAAAUGAUAAUGAAGUCUACCAGUGUGGUUAGGUGUUUGGAGGAGCGUUUUUGGUGGAUUUACACCAAGCGUACCCAAUGUUGAAGGCAGUUUCAUUAGGAAAGGAUAAAAACAAACAUGACUACAUCUCCAUGAGUAGUGAAAGCCAAGAUUAAAAGAAAAAAAAGAUAUUCGUCCGAGGAAUUCUUCCAAUGAAUUUUGAUACAAAAAAUACACACACACACGUGCGUGUUUCAAUGUGACCACCCGGGAUAGGUAUGGUCAAAUGUGUCCGGAAGGAUACGGAAGGGUAGGUAGGCGUUAGGGUAGUAUUAGGUCGAAAUAUUUAUACACAUACAGUUUUUGCUCCCUCAACAGUAGUAGUCUGAAGAAGGAUACGUGACCACUUUGCGGAACAGUUUCAAAAAGAACGGAUGGAUUCUACGAAUCGAGAUAGUAUAGGGGAAAGUGAAGUGAGUCGUAGCAGAGUGAUCAUUUAAACAAAAAGCGCAUCUCUACACAUACUUCCAGUUCUAACACUGCCCAGAAUGAUAAUUACUACAAACAACACAUGGCGAAGGUCUGAAUAUUCCAUAGUAGCUUCAACUUACUAAACUAAAACUCAUUACCCAGUGUCCCCACACACACUGGGAUACUAGUGUUGGGUAAACCUGAUUCCGAUUCAUCAAUCUGAAUCUCGGUUAUAAAGAUUAACGAAUCUUCAAAGAUUCAUGAACAUCGAAAGACUCAUGUACCUCGAAAGAGUCGUGAAUCUCGAAAGAUUCAUUAUUUUCAAAAGAUUCGUAUACUUCAAAAGAUUUACGAUUCUCUAGGGAUUCAUGAGUGCCAAGUACUUCACACAUCUCCUAAGAUUCAAAGAGCGUGGGCUUCUCAUUAUUGUUGUUCUUGGCGUAAUAAUGGCACUUUACACAGGCUUUCGAGGAAAAUACCUUCUUGGAAAGUACUACGCAGUGGGAGAGUUUGUUAUGCUACGAGGAGACGGCCCAUACGAGGUUUGAACCCACGGCGGGAACUCAUGACUUAUUUUUCAUGAACCAUUGGAGAUUCAUAAAACCUUGGAGAUUCAUGAAUCUUUGAAGAGUCGAUUCGAGAUUCAAAUCACGCAUCACGGAAGAUUCAUAUGGAUGAAUCUCAACGAAAGGUUCAUGAAACCCAACACUAAAUCGUACUGACACUAUUACAACACACGUUUAUCACACAAAAAUCGUACGUAUCCUUAUAUCGAUAGGCAUUAUUGUUCGCUUUUUGAACGUGGUACUUACAGCAACAUACAUAUAUAUAUACAUAGUCCUUUCACCAUGAUCGCUUAGCAAACCAGGCAGCAAAAAGCCACAGUGGUGUGGUGGAGAUGAUGAAAAAGUAAAUCACACAGCAGCUAAUAGUUUAUACUCCAAAUACUUACACCACUGUCAACACAAGUCUCUAAACGAUCCCCCCCAACGGGGACGGCAAGCUUUUAUCGUCUGCUUUAGUCUGUGCAGCGUUUCAUACACCCAAUUAAUCACUGUCGGAAAGGCUUCGAUCCGUGUACUGUUAAAACGGUGGCUUAAGUACGGCCGAUACAAAACACGCCAGCAUUGCAUUUAUUACAACACGUAACGCAGCGUAACGCCUUCGUAACAAGGGCAGCAAUUUAAUCAUUCUCAUUUGUACAUACACAAUUAUACGCAAGCCUCGUGGGCGUAGAAAUAAUCUUUUCAACGUUGCUG